CCCGGUCUUUCAAUACCACUUCCUGUUCUUUUCUCCUCCCUUUCCGCGUCAACCAUUCGUUAGCAUUGGUCUGAUCUAUCCCAGGUCUAACUUCGAUAAUUUAUCAAGAUGCAGAACGACGCUGGUGAAUUUGUGGACUUGUACGUCCCCCGUAAAUGCUCUGCUAGCAACAGAAUCAUUGGUGCCAAGGACCAUGCCUCCAUCCAGAUCAACAUUGCUGAGGUUGACAAGGCAACUGGCAGGUUCAAUGGACAGUUCAAGACCUACGCCAUCUGCGGGGCCAUUCGUAGAAUGGGUGAAUCCGAUGACUCCCUGUUGAGGCUGGCUAAGAACGACAGUGUGGUGGCAAAGAACAUCUGAGUGAGAAGAUGGCUUUCUUUAUAAAAUAAAGUUACAAAAAUUGA